CAGGGGAUAUUGGCGCGGCUCAAUCAACAGCUCUCUUCCCCAGUCGGGAAGCCAUUGGAAAGAGCAGCUUUUUACUUCAAAGAAGCUCUAAACAAUCUCCUCCACAACGUCUCCCAAACCCUAAACCCUUACUCCCUCAUCUUCAAGAUCGCCGCUUACAAAUCUUUCUCCGAGAUCUCUCCCGUUCUCCAGUUCGCCAACUUCACCUCCAACCAAGCCCUCCUCGAGUCCUUUCAGGGCUUCCAUCGCCUCCACAUCGUCGACUUCGACAUCGGCUACGGUGGCCAAUGGGCCUCCCUCAUGCAGGAGCUCGUUCUCCGCGACAACGCCGCUCCCCUCUCCCUCAAGAUCACCGUUUUCGCUUCUCCGGCGAACCACGACCAGCUCGAACUUGGUUUCACUCAGGACAAUCUCAAGCACUUCGCCUCUGAGAUCAAC